AUGUCACAAUCUAAUGUUAACUUCAAUUUAUUUAGUAAUCUGUCAACUUCAAUCGUAAAUGAAGAAUCAAUUGAGAAAAAUAAUAAACAACAACAUCAACAAGAACAACUGAGUAUUUCACAAUUAAUUAAAAAUAACAAUGAUCAAUCGAUUUCAAAUCAUGAACAUAACUCAUCUAUAUCCUCAAAUUUAUCGAAUUCAACAAAUUCAUCUUCAAUAACUAAUCCUUUAAAUCAUAAUACAAACAAAAUUAAUUUUAACCCAAAACCACAUAAUAAUACUAAUAAUAAAGAUGAAAAAUUUCAUAAAUUUGUUAGAAAAACUAUUCAUAAAUUAAAAUUAUCUCCUGCAACUCAACAUAACUCAAAUCUGUCACCAACAUCUCCAUUAUCUUCAACUUCAUCAUCAGGAACACAACCCACAGCAUCACAACAACAACAAUCACAACCAAGCUCACAAACACAACCACAAAGUAUUUCAAUUUCAUCAAAUAAAUCUCACCAAAGAGAUCCGAUUGAAUUAUCACAAUCUCAUCCAAGAUUUAAUUCAAUUGUAUCAAGUAAUUCUUCAUCAAGUGAUAUAUUUGAAAGAUCAGUUUCAAAUUUUGCAAAUCCUAAUAACAACAACAAUAAUAAUACGAAUGAAUUUAAAAAUUCACCAUUUAUAAAUUUAACAAAUCCUGAAAUUCCUUUUCAUUAUAAUAUAGAAAAUUAUACUAGUCCAAUAUUGGAUACAACUACUGAAAUUUUAACAAAUCCAAAUAUAAAAUUAGAUCAAGUAAAAUUAAAUUGUUAUUGUGAUGAAUUACCAUUAUCAUCAUCAUUUAAUAAUGAUUCAAAUGAUUUGAUUGGCUGUUCAAAUCCAUCUGAUUGUGGUGGUAAUAAUGAAAUACAUUUUAAAACAAAUCAAUUUGAUAAUAAUAAAAAUUCAAAUUUAAUAAAUAAUCAAUAUAUUGAAUCAAUUUCUCCAACUUUAAGACCAAGAGCAAGAAGUAUUAUAUCUCAACUGAUUAUUUCAACUUUAGAAAAUUCAAAAAAUAAUCAAAAUAAAAACGCUAAAAUGAAGUCAACUUUAGGUUUAUCAACUAUAAAUCGUUCAAAUACAAAUAAUCUUAAUAAUAAUAGUCACUCUAGUAACAUACAUCCAUCAAAUUUUCAAACUAAAAGAUCUUCAAGUUUUGCAGGUACUACAUUACAUUCAAGAAAUAAAUUACAACCACCACCACUUACAUCAUCAACAACAACAAUUCAAGAUGAUAUAAAUUUCCCAACAAUUGAUUUUUUUUCAUAUGCAGAUAUUAUAAAAAAUGAAGAUGAAUCAAAUUUUAUAAAAAUUGAUGAAGAAGAUGAUCAACAAAGUUUACAUGAUACUGAUGUUGAUGAUGAAGAUAUUAUAGAAUUUAAUAACAACAACAAAUCAAAUUUAAAUGAUUUAGGAUUUUCAAGAACUACAACUUCUAAUAGUGGAUUAAGUUCAAGUUUAAGAAAUUCUAGUAGUAAUAACAACAAUAAUCUCAGAGAAUUACCAAAUAGACGUGGUAGUUAUGCAACUAUAAAUGCAAAAGAUUAUAUUGGAGUACUUUAA